AUGAAACCCGUUGACAACAUGGCACCAAUUAACAUGAUCCAUAAAACUGCCUAUGCUGGUAUCGAUGCUGCUUUGCCAUUGCAAUCCCAGCGUGGGAAGACGGUCUUGAUCACUGGUGGCGCUGGCGGAAUCGGGUUCGCUAUAGCCCGUGCAUUUGCAGUCGCAAAUGCCUCGCAUUUGAUCUUGUUGGGACGUGACGAGCCUCGCCUAAUUCGAGCAACACAACGUUUGAAACACGAAGUUCCGUCAUUCUCGGGUCAGGUUACAACUCAAGUUGCAGAGCUAGUGGAUCCCGAUAGCCUGGAACAUGUCUGGAAAAAUGUCCUUGAAACUGCCUCGGCAGUCGAUGUGCUUAUUCUCAACGCAGCAUACAUGGGCGAGAGCAUGAAGACUCUACAGAAUGGCUGGCGCCAAGUAUGGGAGCAGUAUGAGGUGAAUGUGCGGGGAAACCUGACGCUGGUCGACAAGUUCGUACAGCAGACACAAAUCCAGGGCAGAGGCAAAAAGUUUAUUGUCAAUGUAACUUCAGAUGCAAUCAACAACUAUGAAGCUAUGGAAGGCCAACGACCUUAUGCCGCCACAAAAGCAGCCUGGACUUGCCUUCUGCAACAUAUUGCGUUGGAGAUCCCAGUAUCAAACGUCCAGAUCAUCAAUAUGCAUCCUGGUGGCGUUUACACAGAGACUAUCGCCCAAAUGCUGCCGCGGGAUUGCUACGAGUGGGAUAGUGGUGCGAUGCGUCUCUUCAACCCAAUGGAUUAUAUUUCUGCUAACAUGAAUCCUCUCACAGACACUCUGCCUGGAAACUUUGCUGUGUGGGCGGCAACAAACGAGGCAGCCUUCCUUCAUGGGCGGUAUUGUUGGGCAGGAUGGGAUGUAGAGGAGAUGCGAAAGAAACUGGGCGAAAACGAGUUGAGAAAUCAGCAAUUUUUGAGGGUCGGAGUGAUUGGAAUGGAAGACGCCAUGGUCCAGGAGUGA